GGCGCCGCUCGCCCUCGGCGGGGGCGGCCAGAGCCGGGCGCUGCGGGCAGCAGGGACCGCUCCGCUCCGCUCCGCGCCGCCCCGCGCCGCAGCCAUGGCCCCGGGCUCGCCCGCCGCUCGCCGCCGCGCCGCGCCGCGCCUGCUGGCCGCGCUCCUGGACGGACGGUCCGGAGCGCCGGGGAUAAGUCACUCGGCCAAGGUGACUUCGCAGCCGAGCCCCAGCUCCGAAGUCCCGGCUCCAGCCCCUGCCCUGCCCGCAGCGGCGCUCCCGUGGCCAGCGCUUCUCCUGCGAGCACUGCGGCUGCACCCCGCUUUGCCCCGCUGCCGACCCCCGGCCGGCGGGGACCGCGCUGCUGCCUGCCCGGCACCGGGGGAUGCCCGCGGGGAGCCCGUGCACUGCUUCAGCGCCAGCACGCCCGCCGACAGGUUUGCACGUCUUGGCCAUCGCCUUCGCCCUGGAGGUGUCGGUGGGGAAAACCAACACGGUGACAGCUCUGAAUAACUCCAAUGUCCUGCUGCCCUGCACCUUCAGCACCUGCAUGGGCUUCCAGGACCUGGUCUUCAAAUGGUAUUUCAACACGACAGAGCUGAUUUACCACGGCAAGAUAAAAACCAAGACCACAGAGCCCACCCUCAUCUGGCACAACCCGCGGGUGGAGUUCGUGGGCUCCACCACCAAGAAGGACAACAACAUCUCCAUCGUGCUGAACAGCGUGGAGUUCAGCGAUGCUGGCAAGUACACCUGCCACGUCAAGAACCCCAGGGAGAGGAACGCCCAGCACAACGCCACCAUCAUCCUCACCGUGGUCCACAAGAUGGUGGAGACAGACAACACUGUGACACUCAUCAUCGUGGGCGUGGUGGGGGGGCUCAUCGGCCUCCUCAUCCUCUUCAUGCUCAUCAAGAGGGUGGUGCUGUUCAUCAUCAAGAAGACGCAGGAUGGGAAGAAGGAGUGUCUGGUGAGCUCGUCAGGGAACGACAACACCGAGAACGGCCUGGCGGGCUCCAAGGCGGAACAAAAAGCUCCACCAAAGGCAUGA